UGAGAUGCAAACAUGAAAGACAAGAGGAAGAAGAAGGACCGCACCUGGGCCGAGGCUGCCCGCCUGGCACUGGAAAAACAUCCCAACUCACCAAUGACUGCAAAGCAGAUAUUGGAAGUUAUUCAGAAAGAAGGGCUGAAAGAAACAAGUGGCACUUCUCCAUUAGCUUGUCUGAAUGCAAUGCUUCAUACUAACACUCGUGUAGGUGAUGGGACAUUCUUCAAAAUUCCUGGCAAGGCAGGACUCUACGCACUCAAAAAGGAAGACUCUACAUGCCAAGCAGAUGGGACAUUGGAUUUAAGUUGUGAAUCUGAGUUGGAUGGUACUGAAAUGGCUGAAACAAACAAUAGCAAUGGAGAAGAAAAUGGAGUUUGUACUAAGCAAGCACCUGAAGAAAUGUCUUCCGUUCGGGACUCAAGCCUUACGAAUGCACCAAUGCAAAGCAAGCUAGUGUCUUCCUUCCAACAGCACACCAAAAAGGCACUUAAACAGGCAUUGAGACAGCAGCAGAAAAGAAGAAAUGGAGUGUCAAUGAUGGUAAACAAGACUGUUCCUCGUGUUGUUUUGACACCAUUAAAGGUGUCUGAUGAGCAGUCUGAUUCACCCUCAGGAUCUGAAUCUAAAAAUGGUGAAGCAGACAGUUCUGAUAAAGAAAUGAAACAUGGGCAAAAAUCUCCAACUGGAAAACAAAUGAGCCAGCACUUAAAGAGAUUAAAAAAAUCUGGUUUAGGACACUUGAAAUGGACCAAAGCCGAGGAUAUUGACAUAGAAACUCCAGGAUCUAUACUUGUGAACACUAACCUGAGGGCUUUAAUAAACAAACACACAUUUCUUUCCUUACCUCAGCAUUUUCAACAAUACCUCUUGCUUUUGCUUCCAGAAGUAGAUAGACAGAUGGGAAGUGAUGGAGUUUUGCGCCUCAGUAGUUCCGCUCUAAAUAAUGAAUUCUUUGCAUAUGCAGCACAAGGGUGGAAACAACGAUUGGCAGAAGGAGAAUUUACUCCUGAAAUGCAGCUGCGCAUCAGACAAGAGAUUGAAAAGGAGAAGAAAACAGAGCACUGGAAAGAGAAGUUCUUUGAAAGAUUUUAUGGGGAAAAGCUGGGAAUGUCAAUAGAGGAAUCUGUGAAGCUCACAUCUGUACAAAGCAGUAAUGAAGAGCCUUCCCUCUGUGGGUCUUCAGAAUUGCCUGGUCCUUCAAGAGAGUCAGCGUUUGAUGAUCAUGAGGAGAAAAGCAACCAGCUGCCACUAUUGCCAGAGAGAGAUUUUUGCCAUUCCCUUUGCAACAUGGAACAUGUUCCCUCCAAGGAUCUAAUAGGAGAAGCAGAAGGCAUUUUGAUAUCUGAAGAAUCUGUUAUUCAAGAGGAGAUUGCUGAGGAGGUUGAGACAAGUAUCUGUGAGUGUCAAGAGGAGAGCCAUAAAGAGGCACAUGUGAAUUCCGAGCAACUAGUCAGCCCAGUUGGUACGAAUGAAGAAACAGAAACUUUGCCACUUUCAGGGAACUCUGAUGUAGUAAGUACAUUGUGUGAAGUUGAAAUUAAGGUGGAGGAGAGAUUGGAACACCCCCAGGAAGAAAUGUCAGUCAUGACUGAUCAGCUGGAAAACAGUUUAUCACCUUCCCAGUCUGCUUCAUCUGCAAACUCUCUAAGUAAUAUGGAAGAAAAGGAUCUGGAAUGUGCCAAAGAGCUAAGUCCUCAUGGAAAAUAUUCCCCUGUCCUCAAUGGUACCUUAUUUACUGGUGGAAGUGUUGCUGUACAUAUGGAGCUGCAAAGUGACCCUGAUGAACAGUCUUCUGAAAAUGCUUGUAUUUCUGAAAAUUCAUUUUCCUCUGAAAGUCCAGAGGAACCAUGUGUCAGUAUUGCAUCUCCUGGAGGUGACACACAGUCAACUUCAGAGGAACCUUGCACACCAGUAUCUCUGGAAACAGCAUGCUCAUCUGACAUUUCUUGCACUGAAAACACGGAAGCUGAUAGUCAACAAAAACCUAUUGAUGAUCAUCUAAAUACAUCUUUAAUAUCUGAAGUAUCUCCCAUGCCUGCCUCACCUGUAACCUCAGAAGCAUCUCUCAUGUCCAAUUUGCCUCUGACUUCAGAGCCAUCACCAGUUUCCAAUUUACCUUUACCAUCAGAAACCUCACCAAUGUCUGAUGUGCCCUUAACAUCUGAAACCUCCUCAGUGUCUUCUGUCCUUCUAGCUUCUGAAACAUCUCAUUCAAAUAGUCUGUUGUUACCUUUGGAAACAUCUCCGCUUUCAGAUUCGCCAAUGAGUGAAAGAUUUAGUCAGCAGAGAAAAUCACCAUGUUCAUCUGAAGAAUCCCUGUCACCACUGAAAGAAGAAGUGUCUACCAUUGCUAAUAAUUCUCAAGAAGAUGACCUUGCUUCACAACAGAAACAGAUCCAAGGUGUACCUGAAGCCAUGAAAGCUGUCACACCUGAGGCUUCAACAGUGGAAGAGUCCCAGUCUAGAAACAUUACUAACCAACCAUGUAGAUCACAUACCGAAAUAGAAGAAUCUUUCAUUUCUUCUGUGGCAGAACACUCUUCUCCAGAAGUGAUAAAAAUUAGAAAUCAUGGUGCUCUACAAAGAACUGAAAAGAAAAGUACUGUCUCUCAGCUAGAAGUUUCUGUUCUAACAGAAACAGCAGGAUGCAAAAAUACUGAAUCUCUUCCAUCUAAAUCACAUGAUAAAAUAUAUACCUCAUCCUCAUCAGAAAAGUUGUUCUCGGAAGUGGGUAGAAGUAAGUCUCACAAACUUCAAGGGACUGCACAGAGUCGGUUUGAAAGUUCUUAUUCAACAAAGUCAUCAGAGCCUACAAAGUCACCUGAAGUAAGAGGUGAAAAUAGGGACCUGGAGAUUCCAAAGAGGAAGACUGCUGAACACCAUGGUUUUGGGAUCUGCAAAGAGAAGCGAGCGAGAAUUGAAGAUGACCAGGUACAUCGUAAUACAUCAGCAAGUUCAUCUGAGAGGGAGGCACCACCCAGAGAAGAGCCCAGAGUCCCACCUCUUAAGAUCCAGCUUUCCAAAAUAGGCCCCCCUUUUAUCAUCAAGAGCCAGCCUGCUUCCAAACCAGAACCAAGGGCUUCUCCAAGCACAUCAGCCAGCAGUGGCAGGAACACGGGGGCUCGAACCCUUGCAGAUAUCAAAGCAAGAGCCCAGCAAGCUAGAGCUCAGAGGGAGGCAGCUGCUGCAGCUGCAGUUGCAGCAGCAGCAAGCAUUGUCUCUGGAGGUUUAGGGAGCCCCUGUGAAGGGGGGAAGACCAGGACAUUGGCCCACAUCAAGGAACAGACCAAGGCCAAACUGUUUGCAAAGCACCAAGCGAGAGCUCAUAUGCUUCAGAACAACAAAGAAGCCAAGUCUCAGCAUGCCUCUAAGGAAGGUCCAUCAGCCCUGGAGAUCUCUGCUUCUUCUGAAACAAAGAUUGAAGGUUCUACUGGUGUAAUUAUAGUUAAUCCCAACUGCAGGUCUCCUAGCAACAAGUCUGUUCACCUUCGUGAAGCUCCUGCUGUACUGCAGCAGUCGCUUAACGCCCCUACUUUACCGGAAACUAGUACUGACAUCUCUGUUCACAAUUCUGAUGAAAAUAUAUCUGUUUCUCAUUUGUGUGAGAAAAUGCUUUCAUCUACCUCUGCAGAAAGUAACAGUGUGUCAGUACUAUAUAAUAAAAAUUCAGUUCCCAUGUCUGUGUGUAGCACUACUAUGUCGGGAGCAAUUAAGGAACUUCCCUUUGCAGGCUCUCUGGAAAAGUCCUCUGUUUCCAUGUCUGUUGAAAGCACGGAUGCAAAACCUUGCAAUGUCAACAUGCUGAAAUCCAUCCAGGGGGCUGACACUCCAUGCAUUGCCAUCAUGCCAAAAUGCAUUGAGAACCCCACUGCACCAACCACAGUAGACAGCACCAUCUUGUCCAAUUCCAUAGAUGAGAAACGGUUGCCAAGCAACAAUGCAAACAGUGCCAUUUCCAGCCAGUACACCAGUGUGCCAGCUUCCUCCAUUGCAAGCAAUUUGCCAAAUCACCUGGUUGGCAGCUCUGUUCUGAUUCCUCCUGUGGGGUCUACAAAUAGAUACUCUGAUAAGAUAGCCAUAGCUGGAUGUGGUGACCCUACUUCUUUGUCAAAUAGCAAUUCCGUUAGGGCAGCUUUACAUUGCAGUGAGACACUUCCAGUAGUGGAUUCUGUUGGCAGGACUUCCAUUUCAGUGUUUGCCAGUAAUAUGAUGACAGUAAGUUCUUACGAGAACCCCACCAAAAUGAGUGCUGAUGCCUUGGAGAGGAAUUCUGGAGUGAGAAGCCGAUUAGAUCUAUCUGGUAAAUCUUCAGUGGGUUAUGCACAGGCACCCAUGAAUAGAUCUAUACCUUGCAAAGUCAUUGUUGACCAUACAACAACAACAAUGAACUCAAACUUGUCACUGGGUAUUUCUGUUGAAAACUCAGAAAACAGCACAGAUAUGCAGAGCAGGCCUCUUAGGACAGAAACUGCCUCACAAAAUAUAGCAUGUCCUCAAGUGUCUGUAAUAAGCAGGCCAGAGCUGCUUACUAAUGAAAAUCUGGAGCACAGCACUGGCUUUAACACUGUUACAGGAAAGCAAGAGGGCAAACGUUUGCAAGCACCAUGUACCAGUCUUCGAGAAGUGCCUCUCAUGCCUCAAGAUAAACGACUUGAAGCUGUUCCCCCCAGCCAAGGUUUUUCAGAACAGUUACGUGGUCCAUUGGCUUUCAAAAGUGAAUCAGACAAUGUCUGUGCCAACCCAUAUAACCCUACUAGGAGAAUCUGUUGGAAUGAUGAGGAGGCAAUGAGCACUGACCAGUCUCUGGUCAGUCAUUUUAAUACAAAUAAGCAUAAAGAAUAUACCGAGCAAAACUGUUUAAAAAAUGUCAAAACGGAGCCUUUGGGUUUUGCACAUCUAAAUGAGAUGCAUUCGAGGAAUAUUGUGACAAGCAUCACCAUGCCUGUUAAGUCAGAAGUGAAUGAAUCUGACAAAUGUUUUCGGAUGGACACGGAAGAUUUUGCAAGGCCCGAAAUGCCUCUCCAGGGUGCAGAAAUAGCCACAAGUGCACAGCCAACACAAAACUCCAAGACAUCUGUUACACAUUCCAUGGAAAACUCUUUGACAACAGAAACACUAAAAAGAGUUACAAGUGCUGGAAGCUCUAGCUGCCGUUUGUCUUCAGUGGAAGCCAACAAUCCGCUGGUGACACAGUUAUUGCAAGGCAACCUGCCACUGGAGAAAGUGUUGCCACAGCCCAGGUUAGGAGCCAAGCUAGAAAUCAACAGGCUUCCCUUGCCUUUGCAAGCUACCUCAGUAUGCAAAUCGGUGACAUCUGAGAGGAAUGCAAUUGAAAACACUUCCAAUUCUCCAAAUACAGAUGGCAGAGGAUUUACAGCAGCCACCAUAGCCCCACUGCAAAUCAGGAAGCGUGAGAACCACCCCAAAAAGAGGGUGGCUAGAACAGCGGGGGAGGUUAAGUGUGAGCCUGGGAAGCCAUCGAUGGAUGCAGUGGGUCCCUGUGUCAUCAAUUCCAACAUGAGCCAACUUGGGCACGGCCAGCUGUUUAAACAAGAGUGGUCCAGCAAGCAUGCCAUUCAAAGCAGAAUCGCACAUAGCCCAGAGAUCAAGCAGCAGAAGAGGCCUCUGCCCUCAUGCAGUUUCCAGCAGAACUUAUUUAACAUUGACAAAAAUGGCAGCUUCCAUGCAGAAGCAGGUACCUCACACAGGCAGCAUUUCUACCAAAUGCCAAUGGCUGCAAGAGGCCCUGUUCCUACGACUGCUUUGAUGCAGGCAACACUGAAGACCCCAUCUGGCUGCAGCGCCUUUGCAUUCAGCAGGCACCUAGAGCAGAAGGUUUUGGGAGAGGUCAACAUGUCUGCAGCACCUCACCAACUGAGGCUGGCGAGUGUUUUUUCCCCUAACGUUCAAAUUAAGGAAGGUGAUGACAUUUCUAGUGCCUCACAGACUCUGCAGAGUAAAGCAUUAGUGCAUCCUCCUCCCCCUCUGCCCCCACCUCCUCCCCCUCCACCACCCCCACCACCCCCUCCUCUUCCCAGUGCAGAAGCUCCGUCUGAUCACAAACAACCGGCAGUUACCAUGGAAACCACUAAAAGACUUAGUUGGCCUCAGCCGGCAAGCAUCUGUAGCAAUAUAAAAUCUGAACCCGUUUCUUUUGAGGAAGGUUUAAGCAGCAGCUGUGAGCUGGGCAUGAAGCAAGCAUCUUAUGAUCAGAGCGAAGUAAAAGAACAGUUGAAAGCCUUUGCGUUGAAAAAUGCCGACUUCCCUUCCUAUUUACUUUCUGAGCCGCAGAAGCCUUUUGCCCAAUUAACUGCUCAGAAAAUACAGACUCAGCAGCAGCAGCAGCAGCAGCUCUGCGGAAAUUACCCUACAAUACACUUUGGUAGCACAAGCUUCAAAAGGGCAGCAUCUGCAAUUGAAAAAUCUAUCGGAAUUUUAGGAAGUAGUUCAAAUACAGCCCCAAGCCUAUCUAUUCAGAACACUCAGAUUCCGGUUCAGAAAUUUGCUGACAGCAGCAGUGCAGAUGAGCUGGAACUGAAAUGCUCUUGCAGGCUGAAAGCCAUGAUAGUGUGCAAAGGCUGUGGAGCCUUCUGCCAUGAUGACUGCAUAGGUCCUUCAAAAUUGUGUGUAGCCUGUUUAGUGGUUCGGUAGGAUCCAAAGUAGAGAUGCAGUAUCCCUGGUUCAGUGGGGAAGGCAAAGGCCAGAAAAGGAAGAACUGGAAUAUUUUAGGCCAUUUUGUAUCUGGAUACAAAAUGUUUCUGGGGAAGCUUUGUUGAGAAAUGAGUUAUACCUGCUUGCAUGGCUCAUCCUAGUGAGAAUGACCCCUUGGAAUAACGUGCACAAAAAAGUUAAAACAUACCACACUUUCGUUAAAGUACUUUGAUAAAGAAAAACAAAAGCAUUUUCAUUUCUAUUUAUACGCACAAAGUGCUGAACGUUAUUUUUUCCCAUGUAUAAAUGUAACAUAUUCUUCCAGUAAAAGAAUUACGAGAUCCACAAUUCUCCAAAUUUCUGUGCAUGGAACAGUGCAAGAAUACAAGAGAACACUAAUCGACAAAGAAGAGACAAUGAGCAGGAGGAAUAAUAUUCUGCUAUCACUAGCAGGCCAUUAGAGCUACUGCAACUUGGCAGUUUUUGUAACAAUUACAUUCCUGAAGCCACAUUUGCCAACCAUGGUUGACUUAAUACACAGCAAAAAAAGAGGGGGGGGGGGGAAUGAGACACUUUGGUAAUUUUGGUCCCUUUAGGCUGCUGUACUGAAGGAAAUUUUAAUUAAGCCAGGUAUUGAGGGUUACCUGUAACAAAUUGGAGUUUGCAUGAUUUUAGAAGUUUGGAAGUGGAGGGUUGGGUGGGCAGGGCAGAGAGAGAAUUACUACAAUGAUUAUAAUAUAUUAAUCCAUUUAUCUUCCCCAAACCUCAUCUAUCAAUUUAUCCUGAAGGGAGAUACUCAACUUAUAUGCAUAUAUGGAUCAUAUUAUGUAAGCAUCAAGCAUGUUCUGAGCAAUAUCAUUUCAAUAGCCUAAAACUAAAUCUUCUUUGAUUCUCUGUGUAGAUCCAAAAGAAACAAAAAUAAUAAUGUGUGGUUUACAGUCCUUUUAAAUAUGUUUACAGCUUGAUAUAUUUUUAAAUAUUUUACUAAAUUUACUUGUAAUCACUUUUUUGUGUUAGAGAGUUCACACCACAAAUAUUUUGUAGGAUGGCUAGAGGAAUGAAGAGAUUUUAAAGGGAUACUGCAUCUUUUAGCUCUCAGUAUUGUAUUUAGUAGUGGUUUAUGUUGAUAGUUAUAUUUGAGACAUAUUGGCCACCAAACUAGGGGAGAAGAGCUGAGGCAAAUUCCUACUUCUCUUUAUAAAUAAGGAAAAUAUUUUAAAGGGAUACAAAUGUGGAGUUUGACAAGAGGAGAUUACUGGUUAUCUUGAAAAUGGUUUUUCUUUCUUACCAUGGAGAAAUACGUCAUUCGCACCCACACAGUAUAAACUUACUGACCUAAUGCCUUGCUGUCCAUGCAAGAAAAUUGACAAUUCCUUUCUACUCCUCAUGACAGAUUUAUAAUGCAAGGUGCUACACUAAAUUCUGCCCAGAACAAAUAUUUUAAAAUUUGAAAUAAAUUUAUGUUUUAUUCCAAAGUAUUAACUUAGUAAGGGAAAUAAAACAAAUAUAAAAUUAAGACAUACUUUUCUGUUUUGCAUGAGUUUAACUUUUGUUACUAAAGAAUAAAUUAAAUUUUUCUGGCAUAUCUGCAUGUUAGUGAGGUUCAGCUGUUUAGAAAUUGUAUUUAUUUUCUUAUUGGACCACAUUUAACAUGACAUCUGCCACUCCCCUAUUUUUAUUUUUAUUAAAUAAACUGGAAUAGGCAGGGCUUAACAUUCCUUAAACCAGAAGUUAUAUGGUUUGACUAGAUUCCUGUUUUGUUUUCCUAGCAAGACCAACAGAUUGUCUUGACACUCUUCAAUAUGAAAGGAAUAGAUACAGUAAUUGCCUUACCGGAAGUGGCAAAGUAAUGGGAUAGUGUAGCUCAAAAGCACUCAUUUGUAAAAGAUAAAUAAUAUGCAGUUUCAGCACUUUCAGCUACCCUUGAAGAGAUUUUGCCUCCAAAAUGCCUAUUUUAAAAGCAUGUUUUUGUAAUGUUCAAAAUAGAUGGCUAAAUGGGGCCUUUGUUAAACAUGCAUGUGCUUGCAUAUUUAGUUAAAAUUUAGAAGAUUUUAACAUUAGAAUUGUGAUAUCCUAGUUAAUUGCAGUGGAUGAAAUCCCAGUUCCAGUAAAUUCUUAGGAGCAGUGGAGCAAAGGUUAAGUCCAGUUACUGUAUCGUUUAUCAAAAUAACCAUGGGCAUCAGGUUUUAACUAGAAUGUCUUCUACCUGUCCUAAUGAUUGGCAACUGUAAAGAAAGAAAGAAAAUUUACUCUGAAAAUAUACACAGGAAAUCUGGACACCAUUCAGUGAAAGUUAAGCACUUAAAGCUACAACCCUAUGCAUUCUAACAUGAGAGUAAACCCAACUUAAUUCAAUGAUUACAUCCAAGUAAGGAGACACGGGUCUCUUAGACUUACAUGGAAUUUGGACUACAUCCUUUGUUAAUCUAUGCUGUGGCUAGCCUAAUAUUGAAAGGAGUUGUACUUUAAAUUAUAAAUGUUGAAAUAAGGACCAGGAUGGACAAAACUGCAGCAGAUGUCUUCAUUAAAAACCUACAGUAGAUGUUCCUUAAUUAUACAGAGGUCUGCUUUGGGAGCAGGAAAAGUGGCACAUGUGUAAGGAGCUCUAAACCAGGCAUCCCCAAACUGUGGCCCUCCAGAUGUUUUGGCCUGCAACUCCCAUGAUCCCUAGCUAACAGGACCAGUGGUCAGGGAUGAUUGGGAUUGUAGUCCAAAACAUCUGGAGGGCCGAAGUUUGGGGGUGCCUGCUCUAAACCCUCCCCUGGUUCUGCUUCUUACCUUCCCAUAGCCUCUGCUUCCAGGCUUACUUAAUCAGAAAUGCCUAGCUAGGAGAAAGGUGCUUCAGUGUGCUUGGGAGAUGAGCUGGAAAGGGAAGUUUUAGCAUUCCCCCCUACUGUGCCCCUUUGGCUGAUAAAACACCUCUGCUUUCCGCACAACUGCAGUAAAUCUGGCUCUGUACACACAGAUUUGCUACUGUUGAAUCUAGUUUGGCACAAAAGGCUAAUGACAGAAAAUUUUCUCCUCUCUUUGGGUCUGCAUGGAUGCAUGUGUGAGGGUAGGAUGGCUGUAGUUGGUUUACUUAGCAUAUGAGAUAGUGUUCUUUAAAAAAAAGGCAUGAGACAAAAUGGUGCUAGACAUUAUUACAUGUUUUUCAAAACUUCUCCCUAGUGGAGAUUAAGCCACUAUUCCCUGAUGAUCUACCUAGAACUCAUUUGGCUUACUAUUUAGAAACACCUGAUGGUGGCAGUAGUGGUGUAUAACAUAUAUAUUAUCUAGAAGAAAACAAAUAUUCUGUUAACUUUUUGUUAUUCUGGCCUUCCUUCUCAUUUCUGCCCAAAUUUCAAUAGCGCUGGACUCUCCUGCUAUCAGGCUGUUUGUGGCAUGACGUUUGAAAGGUUUAUGCAUUGGAUCUGAGAUGGGACGAGACCAUCAAAACUCACAACUCUGUGCAUAAACGCUAUGUUUGGGUAUGCCUGCACCAGCACCUUUUGCCACAUUUUAUUUCAGAUCGUCCCAGUUUUAACCUUCGUUCAUUUCUUUUACGUAUAUGGAUCCUUCCCCUCAAAAUUAUGGGCUCUUAAAGUAAAAUAAAAAAAGAAUACAUGCAGCAAUUCACACACUUCAUUUUAAAACAAUGAACAAAAACAAAUGAGGUGCAGGUGGGAAUGACAGGCUGUCCCUGAAAUGUUGAGGUGGCAUGAGACAAGGAAUGGUAUGUGAGAGUUGCCCAAGGUUAAGUAAAUAAAGGAGUUCAGCUCAUUUAAUUAGAUACUUAGAGCUGAUCAAGAUGUUGAUGCAGCUACCUAGCUCCCCUGAAGUAACUGGCAGUGCUCUCACACUAGCCUCCUUGAGUAUGCAGUGUAACGUCAGAGAAGAGACUCCUGGAAGACUGAACCUCCAUCUUCAUAAUUAGAAGAGGGGGGGAAUCAAGAUGGAUUUUCUCUCAUUGCAGAGGGAGGACUAGAGAUCUUCCUUGAGUCCUCACCCCAGAUAUAACACUGCUCCGCUGAGUAAAUUGUUUGCAUGAGGUUAGACGGCUUCAUUAACAUCUCCAUCAACUCUACAAGUCAUUUAGCAAUUCAUACCAGUGCUGCACUGAAUGUUAAGUUUGCUGUUUUUAUGAAAAAGUUGCUGUUUUGAGGUGAGGGGAGAAUAUAUGUGGGGGGCAACCCUUAUUGUCCAGUCUUCUGCAUAUAUUUUAAUUCCUGUUCAAAGCUAUUGUUUCCCCAUCUGCUGCUGCUUUGAUCCUUUUUUGUACUUGAAUGGACUUGGGUGAUGCCAGCUAGUCAGAAAUGUUACAGUAUAUACUAGAAUAUCAUGGUGCCAUGUAGGCAAUCAGAUUUGGCUACUGGAUGAUGGCACUGGGGGCAAAGACAUUGUCCUCACAUAUCCAGGCCUCGAAUUAUUGCAGUUCAAAGAAUCAUAGAAUUGUAGAGUUGGAAUGAACCACACAAGUCAUCUCGUCCAACACCCUGAAAUGCAGGAUAUUAUUUUUUUGCCUAAGGUGGGGCUCAAACCCAUGAGCCUGAGAUUAAGAGUCUCAUGCUCUACCGACUGAGCUAUCCAAUAGUUUUACUCCUAUCUAGCUCAAGUUACGCAAAGGGUGCAUUUUGUGGGAGGAAAUGAUCACAAAAUUUCCCAUCCCAUUUCAAUGUGGCACUAGUUUACAGGGCAACUAACAUAUGUUAGCUAUGAGCAACAUGUUCACAUCUUUAAAUAUCUGUGUAAGUGCACCUGCAUACCCAAUCCAGUUUGGGUCCUGAAGCACAUGUCUAUGGCCAUUCAGGCACACAUUUAUGUCACUCAUACAUUACAGUGGGUGAAAAGGCACUUGCCACAUAAAAUGUUGAGAUUCUAACUUUCACUUGAAGAACCCAGGAAGAGAAGCCCUAACCAGGAAUAAACUGAGACAUGAAAUGGGAUAGGGCACUGAGUGUGUUAACUCCUCUUGCUGUUUUCCACGACUGCAAAAAUGAACUUGUGCAGAAGUAUCAUGUAUUAACCAUUAUGGGGAAUGAAGUUUAUAGAGUUUUUUUUGGUAAAUACCCACAAAAAUUUUUCACCUUCAUUUCAGCACUUUUUGAAGGACAGAAUCUUCCUCCUUGUGUUCUUCUGUGUACUCUCAUAUAUUUUACACAUAUCCCAGAAAUCUGUACGUAAUUUUGGGGCUUUUGCUGUGUGCAUUUUGUGUUCCUACAAAGAGUUUUCUAAAUCGAAAUACCCUUGUCCUGUUAUGGACAUAAUGUAAAGAUUUGGUAAAGUAGGCACUCCCCAAUUUUGCAUUCCAUUUACCUGCUAUGGUGUAGUGCAUGAAAUUAAUCUGGGGGGGGAGGUUGAGCCAUAAAGCAAAUAUGUAUUUCCUCUAUUAUAAAUCUCCCUCUAAAAGUGGUAUGUGUUGUCAGGGUGAGUUACUGAAUUCUAUUUCAGGACCAUGGAAUUUCUUGCUCAGUUUCUUCUAAACUGGUGCAUAUGGUGCUUUAUAAUGCAGUUUCUAAAGUGAAAUUACCUUAUGCUGCAGCCCUUAUAAACACGCGCACAAUUUCAGAGAAGUUGUUAUAGUCUCUGGUUUUGCAUAGUAUGAUGAAGGCCCAGGAUCAACACUCAAGACAGCUAAAAAAUGGCACCUAAUGGGAUCAUCUUAGCUCACGUAUGUGAGGCCAUGUUAGACACUGAAUGACUCUGUGUGACAGCUUCAGUUCUCUACAACACUGGGGGAAAGGCCAGCAACACUUUUUUCAGUGGAUUAUCAUGGACCUGUGUAGCUAAAUGUUUCUGAAUCUAAGUGGGAAAUCCUGUUGUCUUCGGUCAUCAUGCUUCGUCAUUGUAAAACCAACAAAAUAGUAUUUUUUGUCUAAUUUAAAGGAGCUGCUUCUUUUAUAGCACAUAUUUCGCUUUGUACUAUAUUUGAUAGUUAAAAAAUAAUUUAGCCUGUAGAAUACUUUGUUGUAUUUGUACUGUUCAUGAAUGUUACAAGAAAAGUGCUUUACUUUGCUGCCAUAAUUCUCUUGUACUGCUGUAAAAUUUAUUCGUUCCUGCUUUAAAAAAACCUAAAUCAAUUGCCAUUUUUGGUACCGGGUUUUGUAUAUGUUAUUAUUAUUUUUUUAAUUUUGUCAGUAUUUGGAAUGUUUACAUCUCUUUGACACUAGCCAUUCAAUGCCUUUUUUAGGGUAGUAUUUCUCCUGCCCAUGAUAACAGCAAUGUGAAAUCAACCCAUAUCUGUCUUGCAUGAAGAACAUACAUUGUGUGUGUGAUAGGAAACCCCUACCAUGCAUAGAUAUUUUUCAUCUGCAUAAAGAAAAAUAAAACCUCCUUUCAGUCCUCUACCAAAGAAAAAGAAAACUAUUCCUAUAGGACAAGUUCUUCAAAUUCUCAGAAGGGGGAGCAGUUGAUUUCAAUGGCAUUGCUAUAGUUUACUUGUUAUGCUUGCUUUAUUACCUGACUAAAUGUGACUGAGUGGGGGGGAAAGUUUUAACUUUUUCUUUUUGUUUUUAAGAGGCAGUGUUUGGUUUAGAAUUCAGGGAUCAUGCUCUCUCAUCAAUGGUGCUGUUUGUCUUUCUUUUUAAAAAAGAAAACCAUUUGUUGCAUACAAAAGUAAGCAAAUGAAAAUAUUUGUUUUGUCUACAUUAUUGCUCUUUACCCUUCCAGUCCCCUGAAAAUAACAAUUUGGGCUUCAGUACUGAAAUAUUCUAAAGAAAAUAAAAACAAAAAUAAUCAUGGUUUGUUUGUUUUCUUUCCCUUGCCUUUAUAUAGUGUGCUAUAUGAAAACAAGCUAUUCAUUGUAUAUGAGGAAGAUAGAAACCACAAAAAGGGGGAAAUAUGCACAUUUUCGAACUGGUAAUCAUCUGCAUCUAUGUUGUACAAACAGUUUUUCUCCUGUUCUCAAAAAUAGCCCCAAAUUAACUUGUGCUGUAAAAUGACAGCACACGAAAUGGAUCUACGUACCUAUAAUAAGCUACAGAAAUAAACAAAAUGAAU